UGAAUUCUUCGUCACCAAGAAAAACCAAACUGCCAAACGCAAACCAUCAAAGCACAGUUCUCAACUCAUCAUUCAAACUCUCUUUCCUCUUUAUAAAUUUCCGCUUCACAAAAUUCUCCAUCGUCUUUCUAAAACAAUCUCGCCAGUUUUAGCCGCGAGACAGUAGCUGGCCUGUCGGUUUCGCUUCCUUCCAUUACCAUGAACAACCAUGACCAAGAAAAUAAUAUCAUUGUGCCGAUUUUGAAUCUGGACGCGCUCAACGUGAUAACGCCGUUAGGGCGGGGAGCGAAAGGCGUGGUUUUUCUGGUUAAAGAAGAGCAAAGCCGUGAUUUGUGUGCUUUGAAGGUGAUAUUGAGAGAUUUGGUAGAGAAGAAGAGUGAUAAAGAAGUUGUAUCUGAUGGUAGUGAAUACAAAAGGAUUUGCUUUGAACGCGAAGUUUUGAGCCAAUUUAAGCAUCCACUCUUUCCUAGAUUGCGUGGUAUUUUGUGUACUGAUAAAAUUGUCGGUUACGCCAUUGAUUUUUGUCCUGGACGUGAUCUUAAUCAAUUGAGAAAGCAACAGAGCGAGAGAAUGUUCUCUGUUGAUACGAUCAGGUUUUAUGCUGCUGAAAUGGUUCUCGCAUUGGAGUAUCUUCACAACUUGGGCAUAGCUUACAGAGAUUUGAAACCAGAAAAUAUUCUUAUUCAAGAAAAUGGUCAUAUAAUGCUUGUAGAUUUCGAUCUCUCUACCAAACUUUCUCCAAAAUCGAAUAUAAAAUCACCAAAUUCCAAGUCAGUCCCUAAAGCAGGCAAGAAAAGAUUGUCGCCCUUCCACCGGUGUUGCAACUCGGGAAUUUCGCCGGACGAGUUGUCCGAAUCAAAUCCUAGACCAGUAUCACCCGAAUCAGACGCAACUGCAACAACCGGAAAGUCGAACUCGUUCGUCGGAACCGAAGAGUACGUUGCGCCGGAAGUCAUCCAAGGCUACGGUCACGACUUGGCCGUCGAUUGGUGGUCAUUAGGAAUCGUGUUAUACGAGAUGUUGUAUGGAGUGACGCCGUUUAAGGGUUGCAAUAGGAAAGAGACUUUUUACAGGAUUUUAACGAAAUCGCCGGAUCUUGUAGGUGAAGCGACGCCGUUGAGAGACCUAAUAGGGAAAUUGCUAGUUAAAGAUCCGAAGGAGAGGAUCAAAAUUGACGAAAUCAAAGGGCACGAUUUUUUCAAGGGCAUUGAUUGGGAUAUGGUAUUGGAAGUGGAGAGACCACCGUACAUUCCGCUGGGGACUUACGAGUAUUGGGCAAAUGAGGGUAAACAGGGAAUUAUGAAGAUUGAUGUGGAGUCAUUUGUCCAAAAAAUAUUUGAGAAAGGUGAAGUUGAAAAACAAAAAGUUGAUGACGACAGUAAAAGUAAAAACGAAAUUAAUAAUGAUACUCGACAAGAAGAGACGGUGAUCAAAUGCCAAGAAGUGUGGGUUACAGGACUCAGUAAUCACCCUCACCAAAAUAACAAUUUUCUUGUUUUUUGACGUUUACCUUGGUAUAGGUUAUUUUUAGAAUUUCAAACUCCAAUAUAUGUAUAUAGAUGAGAUAUAUAUACACUUCUAGAAAUUUAAUUCAACUUAUGUUUUUUUUU